AACUAAAUGUAUUUUUAUGCAUACCAUAAUUUGCUAUGGUCGAAGAGGGUGGUAAUUAUAUUUAUAUUUGUUGUUAGGCUAAAUUACAUGUUUGGUCACUCAAAUUAUACAAAUCUUUCAUGUUUGCCACCUGAAUUACUUUUGUUUCUUAGUCGCCACUAAGUUUACGAAUCGUAUCACCAUUAGUCACCGGCCGUUACUCUCAGUUAAAUUUGUCCUACGUGGCAGUCAACUAUUAAAUUUGACUGUUAACUUGAUGACGUGGAAAUAAAAAAUAAAUUUAUUUUCCACCUCAUUAUCCCACAUACUUUAUCUAAGGACUUUUCAUAUGAAUUAUUUAAUAAAAAUAAUUAAAUUAAAAAUAAUUAAUAAAAAUCAUUAGAAGAGUUUGGUGCGUCCAUAGCACAACCUAGCAUGUUUGGUGCGUUUAAAGCCGAUGCUUUUCAGUCUAAGGAGCAAGAGGCAUCCGAAAGCGAUGUUGCAUCAGAAGAGUUUGGUGCGUCUGACAACAACCAUGUUGGGAGCUACAAAAAACACUCCCUUAUGGAUGAGAGCACAUGUGGUUAUGGAGGUAAGAGAAGAUGCUUAGUUACUUCGCCUUGCUUCUUUUGUGAUGGGCAUCAUCGUGUGUGUGAUUGCCCGAAGCGGAAGGAGAUGUCUUCCAUGUUUGUAGACGAUUACUCAGCAAAUGAAGAGGGGGAGGCUUUAAGUGUGGAGAGCCAGCCUUCCGAGUUGGACAACCUAGAGGUGAUGGUUGCAACAAAAGGAGAGGAAGGCAAUCCUUAUGUCGAUGAGGGUCGAAACUUCGAAGAAGUGACGCUCGACGAAGGGAGGAUGGCAGCCUUGGUAUGGGACAAGGUUUGCGAUGAGCUUCUUGACAGGAAUGCAACAGUGAGGCUUGGCAUUCCGCAUGAAAAGAGGAGAAGGAGGCGAUCGUUGGUGCCAUUAAUGGGAGAGGCACCUAAUGCUUUGAAGGCUUAGGCGGCGAAGCAAUCCAAGGUAGCAAGGGCGAGACCUAAGAUGAUACAUAUGAGGUGUUUAUGGUCUCGGCGCAAGAGAGCGAGGGCGAGGAGAUCACGAAAUCUUGGAGGAGUGGAACUUGUGCAAGGGCCAGGGCCACCCUUGCCUCACAAUGAAGCAUAUCAUUACCA